UUUGUGGCAUUUAGAGUUUUCUCAUUCCACUUGAGAACCCAUCGCCACCUCCCCUCCAGCCAUCUCUUUCCAUUUUUCUGGCGUCCUCCAACUUUGGGGCCAGGGGGGCGCUAGUGGUGCGGGGCUGCACCUGCUGGGGCGUGCAGAUGCUGUGGGCUAGCUCGCUCUCCCCGGACAGUGGUGUGGAUGCACGGGAGUUUGGGCGCUGGGCAAGUGAGUGUGAUGCACCGAAGUCUAGAAAGGAGCCCAGGAUGAGCGGCAGGUUGGGUCGGAACUGAACCCCUAAAAGCGGGUCCGCCUCCCGCCCUCGCGCCCGCCGGGAGCUGAGUCGCUGUCGGCGGUGGGCGGCAGAGCAACGGGGAGUCUGCUCUCACCCUGGAUGGAGCUGAACUUUGAGUGGCCAGAGGAGCGCAGUCGCCCGGGGAUCGCUGCACGCUGAGCUCUCUCAGCGAGACCAGGCGGCGGCUUUGGAUUUUGGGGGGGCGGGGACCAGCUGCGCGGCGGCACCAUGUUCCUGGCCACUCUGUACUUCGCGCUGCCACUCUUGGAUUUGCUGAUGUCGGCCGAGGUGAGUGGUGGGGACCGCCUGGACUGUGUGAAAGCCAGUGAUCAGUGCCUGAAGGAACAGAGCUGCAGCACCAAGUACCGCACUCUAAGGCAGUGUGUGGCGGGCAAAGAAACCAACUUCAGCCUGACAUCCGGCCUUGAGGCCAAGGAUGAGUGCCGCAGCGCCAUGGAGGCCUUGAAGCAGAAGUCUCUCUACAACUGCCGCUGCAAGCGGGGCAUGAAGAAGGAGAAGAAUUGUCUGCGUAUCUACUGGAGCAUGUACCAGAGCCUGCAGGGAAAUGACCUACUGGAAGAUUCCCCGUACGAGCCGGUUAACAGCAGGUUGUCAGAUAUAUUCCGGGCAGUCCCGUUCAUAUCAGUGGAACACAUUUCCAAAGGGAACAACUGCCUCGAUGCGGCCAAGGCCUGCAACCUGGAUGACACCUGCAAGAAGUACAGGUCCGCCUACAUCACCCCCUGUACCACCAGCAUGUCCAACGAAGUCUGCAACCGCCGCAAGUGCCACAAGGCCCUCAGGCAGUUCUUCGACAAAGUUCCAGCCAAGCAUAGCUACGGGAUGCUCUUCUGCUCCUGCCGGGACAUCGCCUGCACCGAGCGGAGGCGACAAACUAUCGUUCCGGUGUGCUCCUAUGAAGAACGGGAGAGGCCUAACUGCCUGAAUCUGCAAGACUCCUGCAAGACAAAUUACAUCUGCAGAUCUCGCCUUGCAGAUUUUUUUACCAACUGCCAGCCAGAGUCAAGGUCUGUCAGCAGCUGUCUUAAGGAGAACUACGCAGACUGCCUCCUUGCCUACUCGGGACUGAUUGGCACAGUCAUGACUCCCAACUACAUAGACUCCAGCAGCCUCAGUGUGGCACCGUGGUGUGACUGCAGCAACAGUGGCAAUGACCUGGAAGACUGCCUGAAAUUUCUGAAUUUUUUUAAGGACAAUACGUGUCUCAAAAAUGCAAUUCAAGCCUUUGGCAAUGGCUCAGAUGUGACCAUGUGGCAGCCAGCACCCCCAAUCCAGACCACUACUGCCACCACUACCACUGCCUUCCGGGUCAAGAACAAGCCUCUAGGGCCAGCAGGGUCUGAGAAUGAGAUCCCCACACACGUUUUACCACCUUGUGCAAAUUUGCAGGCACAGAAGCUGAAAUCCAAUGUGUCGGGCAGCACACAUCUCUGUCUUUCUGAUAAUGAUUACGGAAAGGAUGGUCUCGCUGGUGCUUCCAGCCACAUAACCACAAAAUCAAUGGCUGCCCCUCCCAGCUGUGGUCUGAGCUCACUGCCUGCGAUGGUGCUCACUGCUCUGGCUGCCCUGUUAUCUGUAUUGUUGGCAGAAACAUCAUAGCUGCAUCCAGAAAAACAGUAUGAAAAGACAAAAGAAAAUCAAGUAUUCUAUCCCUGUCCUCUUGUAUAUCUGAAAAUCCAGUUUUAAAAGCUCGGUUGAGAAGCAGUUUCACCCAGCUGGAACUCUUUUGUUAUUUUUAAGAAAGCUUCUUGUGGCCCUCAUGGGCUUCUGUUGAAGAACUGCUACAGGGCUAAUCCCAAACUCAGAAAGCUCUGGGGCAUGGUGUGGUUUAAGGGGACCAUUUGUAACCUGUACUGUAAAGCAAGCUGAGCUUAUGUUUUUGGUGGUGGUGGUGGUGGUGAUGGUGGUGGUGGUGGUGGUGGUGAAGAAGAUCAUGACGAUGAAGAUGAUAGUUUGAAAAGCUUGAACCCUGUUCUCUCUGCUGGCUAGGAGCAGGAGACGCUAUUGAUAAAGAUUCUUCCAUAUCUUAUUUAAUAGCGUUGAAUUCUAAAGACAUGACUGCAGCCUAGUGUGUAUGGAUGGCAAGUGGAGGUUGGCCUCAAGAGUGGACUUUGCAGACUCCAUCUUUUACUAAUGUUCACCUAUCUAUGUAUGCUCUCCACAGAGUGUUUAUGUAAUCCCAAACAAAGCAAAGCAAAUCCCUGGUCACAUCCAAAUGUAGAACCUGUCAUUUAGCCCAGGAGAGGAGGGUGGGUUUGGCUCUUGCACAGAACCCGAAUUGUUCACUGCACUCUCCUGACCUUCGCUUGAGUGAGAAGCUGAACAACUCUUACCGCUUCUUACACUUAUGAGGUCACAUGUAGAACAAGUGUUACCAACUAUUAGCUCUACAACUUUUAGCUUUCUGUGUUUUGAAAGCAGCAGUGCUGAUCCCAUGUUUUAAUGAUGGUUUAAUACACACAGCCCUUUCCCCUCAUCAGUAACACUAGCUCGCUCCAGCAUCAACUUCAUAGAUACAGCUCUCAAAAGCAGGCCCCAAGAAGCCCAGUGCUUUAGCAGAAAGCCGCAUCACGUGUCUGUGGACAGGCAGGAGGAAAUAGAGCAGCUAGCCCAUGUCUUACUGUCUUGAAAUCAAGACUGCCUGUAAGUAAGGAAUGACUAGAUACUUGUAAAGGGUACCAUGGUGGACAGUGCUACUGGCAGUUGAUAGAGGCUCAGUACAUUGGUUUUCAUGUUGUCUGGCAGAAAUGGCUUUGAUUGAGACUAGCUGGCCACAAGGGAUGGGAUGGAGAUGUGCUGCCCUCUCUUUCAAAGUUGAGCCCUGCCAGGGCACAUGGAAUCAUCUCUGCUCCUGACAACAAAUUAGAACAGUCUGGAUUCAAGGUCAUUAAACAUCUCCUGUUUAUUGCUCUGUGACCUUCACUACAUACAGACUGUCCCACACAAAAGGAAUGGUAGGUUAUGGAUCUAGAAGGCUAGCAUGGGAUCUGGAAAGGUGAACUGAUUAGGCAUAAAUACACAGAACAGAAGGGGACACUUGAGAAGAGACAUCUGGCUUAUUAGCCACAUACCAUCUCCUGGAGCCCUCCUCCUUGCUGGGGCACACCCUUAAGCGUUUAUCUAAAGACUGCUUUACAUGGUCAGGUUCAGAAUCUGUUAAUGGCUGCAUAUUGGCAUAUUUCCUGCAAAGUGAGUAAAGGAGAGGACAAUCGUCCCUCCAUUGAGCCCUGGAAGUGUGAUCGGGCUUCUCACCCUCCCACAGAGCAGGGAACCCUGGUGCACACAGUCUUCUGAUACCUGCACUGCUCUCUGAGGUUUGCCUUGGGAGAAUAACCUGGGGAGGGACUCCUUUGGUGUUUGAAGUGCAUUUAUAUUGAAAUGUUAAUGAAUAACAAUGUAAAAUACUUAGUACCAACCUUUCUUUCCCCCUUUACAAUGUUUUUGAGGGGAAUGCAUCCAACGUGUACCUGAUCAGUGGGAAGUUCCAAGAAGAGUCAUACAUUGAAUAAACAUAUUCGAUGUGUCCAAACAGAAUGCCAGUCAUGAAUGGGAACAUAUCUCUUAUUGAUCAUAUUUUCGUUUUAAUUAAGGUAUACACAUAUAUCUCCACUGGACUAAUUGCAUAAGGGCCUGUCUGACCAUGAGGCUAUAGAUUACCCCUGCCAUGUACUGCUGCCCGCUGUUAGUUAGCUUCACAGAGCACCAGAGAGGAAACAGGAGCCCAGUGAUAAGGGCAGCCUUCAGCAAGAACUCAUAGAUAGGCAACAUACAAAUUAAACUUUGGAAAGCUGUAUCGCCAGUAAAAAAAAAAAAGAAAUCGCAUUUUCUUUCAGAGAUAGAAGUGUCUGAGAGUUACCUAAUCCUUGAUUUGAAAACAAGUUGCUGAUGAAAUAAAACAGUGGGAAGGGUCCCCUUUAGGGACAACAUUUAAGGACGGCUACAAAACCAAGGCAAGCAUGUAGGCCUUCCAUUUUCUGUGGCCUUAGGUUGAGGCUGUGCGACCCACAAAGCACUUGUCUCAAGACUAGAACAGGGAAACAAUGGCGGAUCUUUUAUGCAAUCAACUUCCUCUUGGAGCCCCGCCCAUGAGCGGAAGUGACUCCAUACUUCCUGCUCCUCUGCUUUCGCUGGUUAGAAACACGGGUUUUGUCUGCUGAGGUUGGGUUCCUUACAGAAAGCCCUUUGCGAAGUUGAUUUUGCAUGGACAGUUGCAGUUGCGACCACACAGUGGCUUCGAAUCCAGCCUACGUCGGGGAGAGAAAAAGAAAAAGGUGACGGAGCCACACUGAGCAGAAGCACUUUCAUUCUCUUUGACCUUGAGUGCCCUUGAGCAGAUGGUGUUUGAGAGUCUUUUUUAAAGAGAGCACAUGAGAGGAGAAGUGCACAACAGAGAGGGAAUUCGGAAUGCUGGCUGUUUAUUUUUCCACAUCAGAUUUUGUUUUUCAAACCUCAAAAAUAGUAGACAUUGAAGAUGGCAUAGGUUGUUUUUCAACAAGUAAAGCAAAUUGUGUCUAGAUGUAAUUGGAGGGUAGUUUUCAUGUUAUUUUUAAGGCAAUUCCAUAUCUUGUAGCUAAAGAGAAAUGUCUUAGUUACAACUUCAAGUUCAUCCCAACACAGCACAAGGACCCUCCAGAGCCCUGAGUAUAAUGUGUGUGUUGUACAGGGAUGUCUUUGCCUGUACACCAAGGCUUGGUCAUUCUCAGCUGCACCACAUUUCCCAUGAGCCUCCUUGUCUCUAGAUCAGAUGCCCCCAAAUACUCUAUCUGUUGAGUUGGAGAAAUGAGAAAGGGUGGAAGCAUGUUUGAAUCAGUGAGUAUAGAAAAAGAUGUAAAAGCAGCGUGUGGGGGUAUAUAUAAUUAGCAAAUUAUUUCCUUGGGUUCCAACAUAAACGCACUUCAGUUAUUACUUACAAAAUAGUGGACUCGAAGGACCUAUCAUUUGGAAUGUUAGCUUUUAUUCCUAUAGUCAGACACGCACGGCUUAUUUGAAUCAAAGUGUGGCACAGAGAGGGGUUUGCUUAAAUCAGCUCAUGUUCUGCCUUCUGGAUGCUGCUCUUGGUCUCCAAGAUCCACGCCCCUGCUCUCUGUUGCCCUGGCUGUGCUUUUUGCCUAAGCAAAUGAGACCAUGAGAGACCCAUCUUUGUAGGAAAGACCAUAGACAGUGGCAACAGAUGGAAAUGAAUUGCCGUCGUCUGGACACCAUGACAUCAGGAGGCCCAGCUGCCCUGAGCUCACAGGGCUUGGAGAAACAAAGCAAAAUCAAGGUGCAAUAAGGAGUCACAGUGGGUCCCUCCCUCUGCUGAUGUUUCUUACUGAUAGGGACAUUCUUCUAAAAAUAAAAAAUAAAAAAUAAGCAAGUGUCCUGAAAUAGCAAUAGCAGGAGGUCCUCUACAGAGAGGGCACUAGAAUUAGUGUCUGGGCAAUGACUAAUGUAUGGCUUUUCUUUUAGAAACUAAAGUUAAAAAAAAAAAAGCCAGGGGAUAUGUCUGGACAACCCUAGAAGCUGUAUUUCUUCUCUCUUAUCCUGAGCAAGGAAUCUCACGUCUCUAUCUGACAGGUCUUGAUCUUGACAUGGCUUUUCUUAUUGAGCGAGUUUAAGUCUGUUGUCUGGGAUUCUUCAUGAAGAACUGUUACCUCAGAAUUUCUAAUAGUCUUACUGCAGAGGCCUUACUCCCAUGGGGUUGCAACUGCCUGUGCCCUGGCACGUACCCUGCAGGAUGUUGAUUUCCCAAGGAGAGAUGUCUUAAGAUGCGGUUGGUUCUGUUAAUCUUCCUGUUGCAUUCCGAGGCCUCCGUGGCUCCCUUUUCUGUUAUUGCCAAUGAACAUCACAGAGCCCCCUCCCAUCUAUUCGUCACCUGUCAGUCUAAGCUCAGUGCUGCCAAAAUCCACCCACAUUCUAUCAGAUGCUCAUUUUGUGGAAGAAGACAUGUCUUGGGGCAGGUGAUGAAAGCCUCAAGUCAGACAUGCACUCCCUGCCCCUCUUUUGAGAUCCUUCUUUUUCACUUUGGUACCCUGCCUCCUAUACCCUCGUGGGGAUCCCUUUGAUAUCUCUGGGACUCUCUUGUAGUCCAUACUUUUUCCCAGAGGCAGCUCAGCAUGGCUGAUCAUCUAGAUAUGCCACCUGCAUUUCUGAAGGGUACUGAGACCCAGCCCAGAGCGGUGGGGAAGGCAUAUGAACCCAGUUCCAAUAAACUGCCUGCAGAGCACAGCAGCCCGCUGAUAGUCAUCGAGGUCCCAGAAGACCCCGGGGUCUGUCUCCAAGCUCAUUUGACCAACGCAGCUGUGAUUUCGGCUGUCUGCCUCUGGCAGGUGCUGGGAUCAGCAGCUUGUCCCAUUGCCAUGAGAAGGAGUUCACUUUUACUCAAGGGCAGCUGCCAAGCUCAGCACCAGCAUCAAUAGAAGGGAUUCUCUGGGUUUUCUCGCUUCACCGGCUGGAACUUUCUUAUCCAUCCCCACUUUCAUGUUACAAAAGAUAUCAGGAGCCUGGCCAGAGACUGACAGUUUCCCUCUGAACACUGCCUUCCUUUGUAGGUACAGCCCAUAGUAGGUACUUUAAAAAUGCCAGUUGCCUGAAAAAAUCACACUAAAGGGCUUCAUUAUGCCCCAUGGCUGCAAGAGCUGUCCAGCCACAUUGCUGUGCUGGCCUUGAAUGACAUUUUCAGUAGACUAUUAUGAUUUUGAGAGUGCCCUGGGUUUAAGAAGGUGAUCAGAAACCUGUGUCUCCUGCCAAGAACUGAGAUAUAAACACCUAUUCCCAGAAGAGCUGAGUGUCCCAGCUAGUCUCAACAGACUGACAUCUGCCAGACCAGUGAGCUUACAGAGAUUUUAAUCUCCAUUAAAUCUUUUCGAUUGGUGAAAUCCUUCAAUUUGAUGCCUUUAUAAUACGUAGCCUAUGGACAUGGUCUCCAAGAAACAUGUCUCAGUCCCUGUCUGGACACAGCAAUGAUCCUCAAAUGGCCUUGAGUUUGGCUGUACAGGUGUGCCAGUAGGGAGGUCACAGUGCUCUGAGCCAAUUUAGGUGCUAUGGAAGAAGGGACUCUAGAGCUCCUUUGGCUGAGCACAGCAAAAAGCAGGACUCCUUUUAAAAUAAUAUUAGUUAGCAUACAAAAUAAUGGGUCUCAUGAUUAUGUCAUCACAGCUAAUGGGUCUCAUGAUUACAUCAUCAUAGCUCAUGGGUCUCAUGGUUACAUCACACACACACACACACACACACACACACACACACACACACAAUCAUCACAUUCAUGCAUUUUUUCUGACCACUUUUCCUCUGCUGUCACUCCUGAUCUCACAGACAAUCUUUAUCAGGGCCAAUAUAAAUAGCAAAUCUCUGACUGUGUACAAGGAGUACUAAUGUCCACCACAUGUAACACAGGCCCCAGGGUUCAAGUGAAUUGGGAGGAAGAAUAGGAAACUUAAUGGAUGCCCUACUAUAGGAAACCCAGAUGGUUUUGCUUUGUUGGGUUUUUUGUUUGCUUGUUUGUUUGUUUUUUACAGUAGUAAAAAAUGGUCACCAGGAACUAGAACAGUAUGGUGAUUGUUGCAAGGACAAAUAAAGGCUACCUCUCUCCCAUCUCCUUCUCACUUAGGAAGGGCUGUUUGGUGUGUGCCCCAGCAUCAGCAUCAUCUUCCUAGCAUGAGAAGUGUGUUUGGUCUGAGUUUGGGUUUUAUUUGGGUUUUUACUGUUCAGGUGUAACUAAUAACAUUUCUGAGGGAGAGGGGGGAAAGGAGGGAAGAGAGGGAGAGAGAGACUGUAGAAGCUACUUACAAACACCCUGCUCUCUCUGGCUGCAGUCUUCCUGCAGUCCAACUCUUCUGCUGUGAUUUUCUGGAUUCAGAAAGAGCUGAUGUCCUCAGAGAGUUGAAAAUCCAGAGCCUUGCAGCUUUCCUAAUUAUCUGUCUUCUCUCUCUUCUCCGUCCCCAGGGGACGCGAAACACUGCUCAUCACACAGACUGCUUGAAAGAGUUUCCUGUCUUGUGCACAUUAUCCCUUGAUAUUGAAAUUAUUUUCUCUGUUUAAUCCGGGCUCCCGCUGAGAAGCUGUGUGGGAUUUAGGGUGCAGGGUUUUCUCUUGUAUUUUCCAGUGGGGUUGCAUCUUUUCCUCCUGACCUGAGGGUAAGUCUCAGCUACUGCUGCUCUGUUUCAUGCAGAAGAGAGCUUCUCAUUCAGGGAAUAUUUUCAGAAUUCUGACCUAAUCGAGGGUUCCGACACCAGUCUCCUCAGAGCCAGGGUGAGAAGAAUGGGCUUGGUUAAGGAGUCUCAGGUUAGGAGAGGGUCAUGUUUCUUGGGAAUCCAUUAACUUCGGUUUCCAGGGUUUUCCACACAGAGGAAGAGGCGCUUGCCUUGCUGAGCGUCAGAUCUCCAGAAGACAGCUGGACAUCUCCCCAGGUUGCCCACACUUCUUCACACUGCUGUUUGGACCUCGCUUCAUGCUUCAGAGGACCACCUAAGAGAAGGACACAGCUUUCCAUUGGAACUCUGACAGAGGUUCUGUGAUGUUUGAAUUUUCUGUCUGCCUCUUGCUCAACCCAACAGUGUAUGUAGUCCCUCUGGCCCCCUCCACCCCAGAAUAUCCUAAUAAACAUUCUUUUCUUUUAU